AUGUCCAGUGAUCGGCAGAGGUUCAAUGAUGAGAGCCCCAGCGCCAGCAGUGGUAGUUCAGAUGCAGACCAGCGAGACCCAGCUGCUCCAGAGCCUGAAGAACAAGAAGAAAGAAAACCUUCUGCCACCCAGCAGAAGAAAAACACCAAACUCUCUAGCAAAACCACUGCUAAAUUAUCCACUAGUGCUAAAAGAACUCAGAAGGAGCUAGCUGAAAUAACCCUUGAUCCUCCUCCUAACUGCAGUGCUGGGCCUAAAGGAGAUAACAUUUAUGAAUGGAGAUCAACUAUACUUGGUCCACCAGGUUCUGUAUAUGAAGGUGGUGUGUUUUUUCUGGAUAUCACAUUUUCAUCAGAUUAUCCAUUUAAGCCACCAAAGGUUACUUUCCGCACCAGAAUCUGUCACUGCAACGUCAAUAGUCAGGGAGUCAUCUGCCUGGACAUCCUUAAAGACAACUGGAGUCCUGGUUUGACGAUUUCAAAGGUUUUGCUGUCAAUUUGUUCUCUUUUGACAGACUGCAACCCUGCGGAUCCUCUGGUUGGAAGCAUAGCCACUCAGUAUUUGACCAACAGAGCAGAACAUGACAGGAUAGCCAGACAGUGGACCAGGCGAUACGCCACAUAA